AUGCUGCGUCAGGCACUUCGCAGGUUUGGUCAAAAGCUGGUAAGCAGACGUCCACUGGAGAAAGAAGUGUAUGAGUUUGAAUUUGUCAAAAAGCUAAGGACUCUGGAUUUAGUGGCCCUGGGUGUGGGCAACACAGUGGGUGUUGGUAUGUACUUCCUGGCUAAUGAGGUGGCCAGGAAUCAAGCAGGACCAUCCAUUGUGAUCUGCUUUUUGGUGGCAGGUCUAACAUCACUGUUGGCUGGGCUGUGCUAUGCAGAGUUUAGUGCCCGGGUUCCCCAUUCUGGCUCUGCAUAUCUCUACAGCUACAUCACUUUAGGUGAACUCUGGGCUUUCAUCUCUGGCUGGAAUGUCAUCCUCUCCCUUGUUGUUGAUUUAUUCAUUGUGGUCCAGGCCUGGAUCUUAACUUUUGACAUCUUCAUUGGACACCACAUCUCUGAGACCCAGCAAGAGACCAUCUCACAGUAUGUUCCCCAAGUCAUUGCAGAAAAUCUACGCUACGUUUUUGUCAUCUUUCUGGUUUUGUUCAUGGAACUGCAAUCUACGAGUUGGAGUGGGUUUGUCAUAGUUUACAGACUGUUCACAUUGGUGAAGGUUUUGGUUCUCAGCUUUUUCAUCAUCUCUGGCUUCAUGAAGGGGGACUUGCACAACUGCAAACUCACAGAAGAGGACUACAUACUGGCUGGACUCAAUGGCACCUCUAGCUUGGGCCCUCUUGGCUCUGGAGGAUCUGUCCCUUUUGGCUUUGAGGGCAUUUUCCGUGGAUCAGCUACCUGUUUCUAUGCAUUUAUAGGUUUUGGCGUUAUUGUUACCAGAGUCAGAAAAUCACACAAUCCCCAGCGUUCCAUCCCCAUGGGCAUUGUGAUUUCACAGCUCAUCUGCCUUUUGCUGUAUUUUGGUGUCUCUGUGGCACUUACACUCAUGGUUCCUUACUACCAGCUUCGACCUGGGAGCACCUUGCCUGAGGCAUUUCUCCAUAUUGGCUGGGUCCCUGCCUAUUAUGUUCUAGCUUUUGCAAUUUUCUUUAGUAUUCUUGUCAACACCUAUUGGGGCUUUAUGUUCUGUAUACAUCGGAGGAUACGCAUGAUGGCAGAGGACAACAUCUUGUUCCCUUUUCUUGCCAGGAUCCAUACUAACACAUAUGCCCGUAUCAUAUCCACUGUGAUCUUUGGCAGUAUUGCAACAAUCAUGGUAUUCUUCUUUGGACUCAAGGAUCUUCUGCACUUCACGACAUUUGAGGCCUUGAUAUCUUAUUCGCAGGUAGCUCUUUGUGUUCUCAUCAUCAGGUAUUAGCCUGAGAGGAGGAAGGAGGAAAAUCAACCAGAAGUGCAGGAAGAGAAUGGGGAAAUUGAAACAAAAGUACAGGAAGAGAAUGAGGAAAAUGAAACAGAGAAGCUGACUCUCAGGAGACUAUUUUUUCCAGGCAGCCCCAUCCCCACUCCACUCUCUGGCCAGAUUGUCUAUGUUUGCUCCUCACUGCUUGUUCUGCUGCUGAUUCUCCUCUGCCUGGUGCUGGCCCACUGGCCAAGUCUGCUUUCUGGAAACCCAGUGCUGGUCACCAUGGUUGUGCUGCUCCUGGUGCUCAUCACUGGGAUCACUGGGGUCAUCUGGAGACAGCCACAGAGCUCCACUCGCCUUCAAUUUAAGGUCCCUGCUGUGCCUCUCCUCCCACUCUUGAGCAUCUUUGUGAAUGUUUGCCUUAUGACGCAGAUGUCAGCUGUCACCUGGGCCUGGUUUGGUGUCUGGAUGCUGAUUGGGUUUGCUCUCUACUUUGGCUAUGGGAUCCAGCAAAGCCUGGUUACUUGA